AUGGCGGCGGCAAUGGACGUUGACGAAUUCCCGGCACUCGGUACGGCGACCGCUGCAGGCCAAACGCAAAGGCGUAUGACUACCCUGCGCCCGGCGAAACGACCGAAGCCAAACGAGGACGGCCCGGAACCGCAAGUUAUUCCAGAAAAAACGCUCGCGCAAGCUGCGGCCAUUACGGCACCAACGGCACCGGCGCAGCAGCAGGAAGGCAGACAGACAGAUGCGCCGACGCUAGCGAGCAUGCGCAGCGGCGAGAGGCAGGAGGAGGAAGGCAGCCAUGGCCAUGCUGAGCCCAACCAAGCUGCCGCCGCCACCGAGGCAGAGAGGGCCGCAGACAGCGGCGAGGGAGAGAAGCGCGGUGUACACGGCAUACACGGCGCACGAAGCGCGAGCGGCGACGACGAAGGAGAAGACGACGCCGCCAGCGCAGUCAGUUGGGCCAGCGUUGACGAAACGGCCGCCGAGGAGAGCGGCCACGAGGACGGUCAAGGCGUCGGGAAGGAAGACCGCCCCGAGGCGCGCAAAGGGUCACAGGGAGAGCGGAAGCUGAGCCUUAAGGGGAGGACCGGGCCGGCAGCCAGUACCGCUACGCACAGCCCUUGGUGGAACAAGACAGGAGACGAAGACGUGCCGCGCGGCCGGGAUGCCCCGCAGCCCGCAAACGACCACUUCGUCAGCGGCUCAGUCGAGCAAGGGAAGUCCAGAAAAGCGCCAGGAGAAGGAGACGCGCCGAAACCCACCGAACCGUCCAUUUCCAGUCGGAAGCAACCGCGACCCGAGCCGGCGCCGCAACAUGGCGGCGCCGCGCAACAGCAUAGCCGGGAGGGAGCUCAACAUGGCGUCCAACAUGGCGAAGCAGGAGGGAAGACAAGCCGAGGAGAGGAGACGGCGGCGGCUGUGUUGGAGGCCCAGAAACCUGCAGGAACACCGUCGUCAGACGAGCUUGAGCCCGGUGAGCUCGUUAUCGACGAGAGCGCACCGACAUCUCCAGAAUCCCCGAAGCGUACUCAGCAGCAACCGUUGUCGAUGCCGGCAGGCGUCGGCCGAGGGCGGAACAGCCGGAGCCGAGAGACUGAGGCCGCCCGCGGUGGAACUCUCUUCCAGUCGCUCAGGCCCUCGGGCCCGGGCGCGCACAAGGCUGACGGGGAGCGCCCUCAACGCAGCGUCAAAAAGGUGCGACGUGACUCCGCGGGGCGCCUGCGAAGCCGCACGUCGGGCAGUGAGCACGAGGAGGUGACGUCAAAACAGCGUCCAAGCCAGCGGCCGGCGGCCGACGACCUGGACACAGACAGCGACUUCUUCUGA